AUGUUGUCGAGUGUUCCAACAAUACUUCGUUCCCACCUCGCGCACAUUUUUGCUCCCCCCGUUUACAUCCAGUCUAGCGAAGGCCGUGGCCUCUGGAACGAGUGGAGACUCCUCAACCGUAGUUCGAAGAUCUUCGCAGCGAAAGCAGCCACCGUUGCAUCCAUCGGCGGAUUUUUAUUUGGAUACGACAUUGGGGUGACUGCACCAGUACUACCGCAGCUGGAACGUGACAUGGGUUUCAGCUUGGGAAUGCAAGACAUGGUCGUGUCUACAAUGGUGAUGGGUGCCGUGGCUGGAUCGCUAGUGGCAGGACUUUUGACGGACAGACUCGGGCGUUGGCUGACCAUAGUCCUCACCGACUUAGCGUUUAUCGCAGGCGGCGUGGUGUUAUUUUUCGCUACAACCCCAGGUGUUGUAUUGGCGGGACGCUUCAUCGUUGGGGUGUCGAUUUCGGUGUCUGCGGUAGCAGAUGUUUCGUACCUCGCCGAAGUUGCGCCUCGGACCUUGCGCGGCUCUAUGGUGUCUUGCAACGAGCUGGCCAUCUCGAUCGGAAUGCUUGCGGCCUUUUUUGCUGGGGAGGUUUUUCAGGAUGUUCACGCCUGGGACUUUUCUAUGCAUAAACAUAACUUGAUGUGCGGCAUGGUUCCUUCACGGUUAACUCCUUUCUACUAUUACACCACCUCAACGCCGAAUCUGUUUUCAUUAUCUCCAGGAGGAUGGCGGAUCCUGUUUGGGUUGUCGGCAUGGUUGGCUGCUGCUCAGCUCGUGUUGAUGGUGUGGUUCAUGCCUCGGAGCCCAAGGUGGCUUUUGACCCAGAAGAGGCGUGAAGAGGCCACAAACAUUCUCCUCAAGAUUCGAAAUUCCCGGGACGAUGUGGAGACGGAACUUCGUCAGAUCGAGCGCUUUGACCGGGAUGCGAAGGGCAGUCUGAUGGAACUCACAACUGAGUGGAGAAUUCCGCUCUUGGUGACAACAGCUCUUUCUGUUUUCCAGCAACUCGGUGGGCAGGCGAACGUCCUCAAUUUCAACGUGGCAAUAUUGAGGGCAGCAGGAUUCAACGCAGGAGCACCGGCUGUUGUGUUAGGGAUGGCGAAGGUUUUGUCUACAAUCAUCGCCAUCACGUGGGUUGACCAGGUAGGCCGAAGGCCCUUUCUGUUGUGGGGCGCUGGCGGUUGCACCAUCAGCCUCUGUCUUCUGAGUGUGUCAUUCAAGAACGGCCAACCUCUCCUGUCGUUUUUGGCUUGCUGUGCAAUGGUGUCGUGUUAUAGCCUCAGCUUUGGGCCAGUCACGUGGUUGGUAACAGCCGAGAUGUUUCCUGCGGGCGUUAGGGGCAAGGCCCUUGGAAUAGGGCAGACGGGCUCUUUUUUGGGGGGCCUUGUUGCCUCCGCAUUUUUCUUGCAACUCCUUGAUUCCAUGGGCGGGUUCGUGACGUUUGCUUUGUUCGGCAGCGUAGCGUUAUCCUCCACCGUGUUCGUCUACGCGCUGGUUCCAGAAACAAAGGGGAAGGAACCGAGCGAAAUCGCUUCAGAACUCCAUGCGUGUGUGGGCUGCGCUUCGUACGAGGCCAUGGAACGCGACGAACCAUCUGUUGACGAAUCUGGCCCAGAGAUGGAGCGUCCAAGUGAUAGUACCAAAAAUUUGUUUUAAGGCGGAUUGUCCGCAGCCAAACUUCGCGUGCCAUGUAUGAACGUAUGGCCGACCGAG